AAGAGCUGCUGUGGCCACUGCCUCUCUCUGCAGGAGCAGCGCCUCACAAAGCCUGAACGAUGUGUAACCGAUUUGUGGGAACCUGGAAACUCAUCUCCAGUGAAAACUUUGAUGACUAUAUGAAAGAAUUGGGAGUGGGCUUAGCUGCCCGGAAACUAGGUGGCCUGGCAAGGCCUGAUGUGAUCAUCAGUAUGAAAGGGGACAUAGUCACCAUCAGAACUGAAAGCACCUUCAAAAACACAGCCAUCUCCUUCAAACUGGGCCAGCAGUUUGAUGAAACAACAGCAGAUGACCGGAAAGUCAAGAGUGUUGUAACCUUGGAGAAAGGGUCAUUGGUGCAAGUGCAGAAGUGGAAUGGCAAAGAGACCACGAUAAAGAGAAGACUUGUUGACGGGAAGAUGGUGGUGGAAUAUGCCAUGAAAGGGGUUGUCUGCACCAGAGUUUAUGAAAGAGUGUGAAGAAGUUCCCUCUCUGCACCGGACCAGAACUGGCUCUAAAACCUCGGCUUAGUUCAGUGACCAAAGCCGCAUGCA